CGUCCAGGGCGCGCAAAAAGGGUGGCGCCCCGCGCCCGCGCGGCCCCCGCGCGCCGGCGCCAGCCCAGGCGGUGGCGGCGAUCCGCGGCCGCACGCAUGGCCGCCGCGUCAGGCAAACCGCGCGCGGACGUCGUGCGGCGGUUCGAGGUGCCCGACGCGGAGGUGGUCUGCUGCCACGCCUUCUCGAAAGACGAGUCCCUGCUUGCCGUCGCCCCGAAUACGGAGGACGUGCUCAUCUUCCGGCUGACGGGCGCGGAGUUCCAGAGCACCCACGUCCUCUCCAGGCACACGCAGCGGGUCACGGGCCUCUCUUGGUCCUGCGACGGGCGCCUGGUGUCGUGCUCGGAGGACCGGACGGCCUACGUCUGGGAGUGGAGCGAGGCGGCCGGGAACUGGAGGGCGGUCCUGGUGGAGCUGCGCGCCCCGCGCGCAGCCCUCUGCGUGCAGUGGUCCCCUGACGGCAAGCGCUUCGCGGUGGGCCUCUCGUCGAAGGACGUGGCGGUCUGCUACUACGAGGGCACCGUCGGGUGCUGGGUGGCCCUGAAGAUCGGGAGGUCGAUCCACCAGGCGGCGGUGGGCGCGCUGGCCUGGCACCCCACCUCGCAGUACCUCGCGGUGGGGUCCUUCGACAGGCGCUGCCUCGUGUACGACGUGACCGAGGAGAACAUGCUGCCGUCUCAGCAGCCGCCCUUCGGCGAGGCGCAGGUCUCGGAGGAGGCCAGCGCCUGGGUCAACGCUGUGGCCUUCAGCCCGAAGGGCCGCUUUCUGGCCUUCGCCGCGCAGGACGCGACCGUGAGCCUGAAGGACCUGAAGGACGGCCCCGGAGCCGAGGUCUGCAGGAUCCGGUGGCGGCAGCUGCCCUUCCUGCGGCUGGCCUUCGUCGGCGAGUCCCAGCUGGUGGCCUGCGGCUUCGACUGCACCCCAGUGCUCCUCCGCCAGGCCGGCGGUCGCUGGGCCGUUGCUGCCGCGCUGGAGUGUACGGGCGCCUCCCCCGCGGCCCCGCCCGCGGGAGUGGACGGGAACGCCUUCGACCAGGCGCGCAAGGCCUUCGGCGGCAGGGCGGCCGCCGCGCCGGGGGGCGGGGCCGGCGCGUGCCACACGGGCGUCAUCUCGGCGGAUGCCCAAAGGG